GCGGCCUCGGCUGCAGUGCCGCUGCCCAGCGCCCAGGAGCCGGCUUGCCGGCGUGCCUUGCGGCUUAUCUGCGCUGUUUGGACAGCGAGGGUUGGAAAGGCAGGCUUUUUUGUCCCCGCCGAGUCAACAGGCAGACCCCGGGCCGCCGGACUAUUUCUGUCUUAUCAGUGCAGGAAUGCGGCAGCCGCGGCGGCGGCGGCGGCGUGGGCCGUGGGCCGUCGGGGCAGCCCUGACGGGGCCCCCUCCCCACUCCGCUCGAGUAGAAGUGUGAGAGAGCCCAGCAGGACUCAGAGGGGAGAGUUGGAGGAAAAAAAAAGGCAGAAAAGGGAAAGAAAGAGGAAGAGAGAGAGAGAGUGAGAGGAGCCGCUGAGCCCACCCCGAUGGCCGCGGACGAAGUUGCCGGAGGGGCGCGCAAAGCCACGAAAAGCAAACUUUUUGAGUUUCUGGUCCAUGGGGUGCGCCCCGGGAUGCCGUCUGGAGCCCGGAUGCCCCACCAGGGGGCGCCCAUGGGCCCCCCGGGCUCCCCGUACAUGGGCAGCCCCGCCGUGCGACCCGGCCUGGCCCCCGCGGGCAUGGAGCCCGCCCGCAAGCGAGCAGCGCCCCCGCCCGGCCAGAGCCAGGCCCAGAGCCAGGGCCAGCCGGUGCCCACCGCCCCCGCGCGGAGCCGCAGUGCCAAGAGGAGGAAGAUGGCUGACAAAAUCCUCCCUCAAAGGAUCCGGGAGCUGGUCCCCGAGUCCCAGGCUUACAUGGACCUCCUGGCGUUUGAGAGGAAACUGGAUCAAACCAUCAUGCGGAAGCGGGUGGACAUCCAGGAGGCUCUGAAGAGGCCAAUGAAGCAAAAGCGGAAGCUGCGUCUUUAUAUCUCCAAUACCUUUAACCCUGCAAAGCCGGAUGCUGAGGAUUCUGAUGGCAGCAUCGCUUCCUGGGAGCUGCGGGUGGAGGGGAAGCUCCUGGAUGACCCUAGCAAGCAGAAGCGAAAGUUCUCUUCCUUCUUCAAGAGUUUGGUCAUUGAGCUGGACAAAGACCUCUAUGGGCCUGACAACCACCUCGUGGAGUGGCACCGGACGCCAACCACCCAGGAGACAGACGGGUUCCAGGUGAAGAGGCCAGGGGACCUGAGUGUGCGCUGCACGCUGCUCCUCAUGCUGGACUACCAGCCUCCCCAGUUCAAACUGGAUCCCCGCCUGGCCCGGCUGCUAGGGUUGCACACACAGAGUCGGUCCGCCAUCGUCCAGGCCCUGUGGCAGUAUGUGAAGACGAACAGGCUGCAGGACUCGCAUGACAAAGAAUACAUCAAUGGGGACAAAUAUUUCCAGCAGAUUUUUGAUUGUCCCCGCCUGAAGUUUUCUGAGAUUCCUCAGCGCCUCACAGCCCUGCUGUUGCCCCCUGACCCAAUUGUCAUCAACCACGUGAUCAGCGUGGACCCGUCGGACCAGAAGAAGACGGCGUGCUAUGACAUUGAUGUGGAGGUGGAGGAACCACUGAAGGGGCAGAUGAGCAGCUUCCUCCUGUCCACAGCCAACCAGCAGGAGAUCAGCGCCCUGGACAGUAAGAUCCAUGAGACGAUUGAGUCCAUAAACCAGCUCAAGAUCCAGAGGGACUUCAUGCUAAGCUUCUCCAGAGACCCCAAAGGCUACAUCCAAGACCUGCUGCGCUCCCAGAGCCGGGACCUCAAGGUGAUGACAGAUGUGGCAGGUAACCCCGAGGAGGAGCGCCGGGCUGAGUUCUACCACCAGCCCUGGUCCCAGGAGGCUGUCAGCCGCUACUUCUACUGCAAGAUCCAGCAGCGCAGGCAGGAGCUGGAGCAGUCGCUGGUGGUACGUAACACCUAGGAACCUUGGGAAGGAGCAGUGGGCCGCUGGGCCCGAGCCUGUGCCCUGGGGCUCGGCCGUCACCCCUCUGCCGCCUGCCUGCCUGCC